CGGGUUCUAGCAAAAUAUAACUUAAUAUACUGUAGGCUAAAGAAACAAAAAGUAUCACAGGAAUUGUACAUUACUUCUCUCUAAAUAAGGCUCUGACAGAUAUGCAAUACAUAUGGUGCUUGUGUUCAUGUAUUCUUUAUCAUGUCUAUGUUGUAUGAAGACCUGCACAGAAUUCUCUUCAAUAGCCACAGUCUUCCUCAGCUAUGAAAUCAAGGAAGUGAUUGCAGUUUUCCACUCUAGCUGGACUUUGAAAUAACCAUGAUAAAGAGUAAGGCAGAUGUGAAUAAUUGAUUACAUAUUCUAAAAUACAACUGCGUUUUUACACAGAGACGUUAAAAACAAGGCAUUGCUCCUCCAAGUAAUUUUACAGUCAGAUACUUGACAUGAUUGUUCUGAACAGGUGUGGGAGAAAAGAAUCAACAGUACACCACUUAAACUGCUAACACAAGUGCGAGAGUGGUUACAGAAAGAGGAGGCAGGUGACACAAGGAGUUUCCACUGCUACAAAUCAACAGUUCAGAUACAUGGCAAAUGACUUGCAAGACCACGAACUGCUGUUGAGAAUAAAAUAGGAGGCUUUGGUGGAGACCCUGCUUUAAUUUAAUCUUCCCUGUUAGCAGGAAAUAGAUUCCAUGCAACAAAGCAAUAUGUAACUCAAAGCUUUAAUAUAUAUACACAUCUGCUACUGAAAAUAUGAAUGCAAUUCAUGCUACCAAAAUUCAGACCAAACACAUAUCACAGUUUCAGUACUUUUUUCUGGCUUCAGUGAGAGACAGCUGCAACGAUGGAGCAAAUCAUUCUUGUGGACUGAGCUGGCUUUGCAAUUAUUCAGCUGGGCCUAACAUCAGUUCCACACAGCAGCACAUUCAGCUGUCUUCGUUAUUUAAGGUGGACUGUGUUCGUUCAUGGACAGUAGUUUGUGUUGGUAUUUGCAGAAAGUUUUGUUUAGCUUAGUUCAUUCAAGCUUUCCAAAUUAGUAAAUUAUAAGAUACAGCGAGGAGGCAGCAAUUAAGAUUAGAAAGAAGGAGGAUCACUGAAAACCUAUUAUGCAUGUACUCUUACACAAAAGGAUUGCUCUCUUUAUGAAUGUUAUUGUACUAACCAAGAGAGCGAGGAACUGUUGAUACAAGGUAUAAUAAGUUUCACACACAAUAGUGCAUUCCCUUAGGAUAAACUAGCAGUGACUUGUUAUAAAAUGUUGUAAUUUUUCCUUCCAAUGGAAGUUACUAACCCAAAAAAACAAACAAAAAAAAAUGUGCACCAAAUGAAAUAUGUAGUUUUGAUUAUGUAUUGAUACAUGAUUUGGGAUAUUUUUGCCCUCAUUAUAAUUUUUGACUAGUUUAUUGGUACAACAAUAAAAAUGAUGUUACCCCAUUUUUCUCCUAAGUACAUGGCUAUAAUUUAUCCCUUUAAGCCCAAACUUUCUGCUGUGAGCACCAAAGUAAUUAUAGGAAUAAUAUAGUUGGUGGCUUUUGGACUCGCCUUCCCGUAGUGCUUUUAUGCUGAGAUCAUGAUCGAUAAUGGAAAGACUAAAUGUAUUGUUGCCUGGCCAGAUGAUGUUGGACGGAAGCAUCAGUUCAUGUAUCACAUCAUAGUGAUUGCCUUGAUUUACCUGCUGCCUUUAAUAAUGAUGUUUGUCGCAUAUAGCAUUAUAGGAAUUACUCUUUGGAGUAGUACAGUUCCCAGAGACCACACUAAUAGAGUCUAUUAUCACCAUCAAGUUACUGCCCAAAAAAAAGGUUAGAAGACCAUGGUCAUUGUUGUGAUAACUUUUGCUGUCUGUUGGUUACCUUAUCACCUCUACUUCAUCCUGGGGAGCUUCAGGGAAGACAUCUAUCAGCAAAAGUAUAUUCAGCAAGUCUAUCUUGCAGUCUUUCUGCUUGCUAUGAGUUCUACAAUGUACAAUCCAAUUAUUUACUGCUGCCUUAACCAAAGGUUUCGUUCUGGUUUCAGAUUAGCUUUCCAAUGGUGCCCAUGUAUAAAAGUAACGGAGGGAGACAAACAAAUUUAUUUACCCAUCAACUUCACAGCUGAUCCGUAA